CUUAUGGCUGUUCUCCUAGCGCAAACGUCGCUUCUUCAAAGGAAAGCGGCCGAUCGGCCUGUGGCUCGCAGCUUCCAUGACAAACCGUCGCCAUGUGAGCCAAAAGCGACAACGAGCAUCUCCCAGGUCAGCUGACAUCACGUGCAAAAUCUGACUGAGAUCUGUCAACACGUUCAUGUCUGUGUGUCCCCUCUUCGCGUGUCCUUGAUGCAGGUCUGCUGUAGGAUGUCGUCGUCUGUUGAGCAGCCGGCCGGGCCGACGGGCGGUCGGUCUGUUUUUUGCAUGCCAGUGCAUAAGGAUCUCUCUGUAUGUUUGUCGGUGAGUGUGGGUGUGGCCAAUGGCAAUGGCGCCACAGUGCUGCGGCGUCAGGAGGUCUCAUCGCCAACCACAGCAAGUGGCCAGGGCGGUGGCGCUGAUGUGUUCUUUCGGUUGCCGUCGGGUGUGUUCUAUCAAGUGGUGCGGCAGGGCAGUGGGCCCAAACCCACACGUGAUCAGACCGUCAAGUACGACCUCAUCGAGUGGCGUGACGACUUCGAUGGACAGCGCAAGAAAUAUGAUCUCGGUGGGCUGGAGGGUCGUGUGUCUUGGCAACAGGAGUGGCUCCAGGAGGUCUUCACUGACAUGCGUGUGGGUGAGGUGCGGCGGGUCCUCGUGCCGUUCAACAGACUGAGCUCUCGUGGAACUCUCAGUUUGGUGAGAUAUAUCCAGUACAGUCUGGUGGCCAUCCUGUGAUCGCCGUCUCCUGGUGUGUCUGCUAUGUGUGCGUCUGUGGCGGUGAGGCGCCAUCCAGCUGACGUUUUUUGUUUCUAUAGCUGCUGUGUUGGUGUGGGGAAUUUCGGUCGUUCUUUCUGGACUUUCCCCUCUGUCGAUGAUCGCUCUUUAUGGGAGUGUAUGCCUCGUGUGUGUCUGCACGACGGGCGCAUUCCACGACCGACGAUGUGACGACUUUUUUUUUCCUGUCGCCCGUGCAUGUGCAGUUCUGUGUUGGCGCUGUAUGACACAUGUGUUCUCACAGAGAUGCUCUGACUCCUUCCUGUGACUCCAUCCUUAUAUGUCAAAUCAACUUGUCGGUGUGCUGUUUUUGAUGGUUGAAGUGUGGCACCCAGAUGAAAGCAACACUUCUGACAUCGGCGUGGCCUGAGAUGACGUGUAUGCAGGCGGCCAG